AUGUCAAACAGAGGUCCGAGUUCCAACACUUCCUCCCGUUCCUCCCGAAACUCCUCUCCCGGAAACGGGCAGCCGCGUACCGGUGCCGGCACGGUUAGCAGACCCACCACUCCCGGUCCCGGAGGACAGCCACGCACCGGCGGUGGCGGCACCGCCCAUAAACCUAAUACCACCAACUCAGGUGGAGAACCACGACGGGACGCGGCGCCCACUAGUAGGCCCACUACUCCCGGGCCCGGAGCGGCCAGCGGAAACAUCAGCGGCUUGGUUUCGUACUUCUCUUCUAGCUCUAGCGCUUCAUCGUCUUCCUCUGAGAGCGAGAGUCCAUCUCCUCCCCGGACGACCACCGUCACGACCACCGCCACCGCCAUACCCACCGCCACCAACCCCAAUCACCUCGGUGGACUGCGAAUCAAGCUAGUGUCAGACGCACCACCCCAUAUAGAAACCGGGGUCGCUGACGGUUCUCCUCUCUUUUUGUCCGUGGCAGCAGCCGUCAACUUGGGCCUCAAGAUGCUUGAAAGUUCCCGGGGAAAAGACGCUCUUGUUCGUCUCGGUGUUACUGCUAUCCAGGGCUGGACAGCGGAAUUAAAGCCACACAUCUUCCCGGUGACUCCGGCAACCCACGCAAACAUGACACCUUAUGUCACGGCCUAUCUGAACGAAAUGAGAAAUAACAUGGUCCCCAUCAAGCUGACCAACGAGCUGAAUGGAGAAGGCGCGGCUCACAAGUUCGACUGGGCACGACCAACUGGAACUCAAUCAAAGAUAGGACUCGAGGAUUAUACUGGAUCACGGGCCGGCAUCUUAAGUCUCAACAAGUUUAUCUUCGAAACCAUUGUCGACGCCUCACAACGGAUCCAAGGCGGAGAUUCCGCUUAUGAAAGGACUUAUGAGAUCCAGAUGGCCAUGAUGGGUAUCACCGUCGCCCAUGAGCUGUGCCACUUCUUCAUUGGAUUCUUGGCUGGGUACCACCUCCCCAACACGCCACCAAGCCUCAUGUACUUGGAAAGGGACGUCAAGACCAUUGCCGGCGUCGUGACCGGCGAGUCCGGCCGCUGGUGGGAAGCCGCCUUCUUUGGCGGCGAGACCCGUUUCUUCACGGAACCUUUGCUCGACCUCAACGCUCCGGAAAAAUACCCCAUGGGGUACAAGCAAGCGGGCGACCUGUGGCUCUUGAACGGACAGACCACACGCAUAUCCGUGAUUGAUCGUCAACGCAUCACGGGUCUCCUCAAGUUCGCCCUCGGUAAGGACAGAGAUUAUGUGGCGCCAAAGUGGAAAGUGACCAGAAAGGAGCUGGAUGACCACAACGCGCUCCGAAAGCGUGACUAUGGCGGCAACAACUUCAAACGCCUUGGCAUGAUCCCUUAUAACCCAAAGUACCUUUACAAACCAGUUGCUUAG